AAAAUUUCAGUUGUUCUUUGGAAGUGCGCUCGAUAAGUCCAGUGCUGGAAAGAGUAGUCGCAGUUAAAAAACAAAAGAAAAAUCUCGACGUUUGUUGAGUAAACAGUGUCAAAAGUGUUUCAAAAAUAAUUCGAGCAAACAAAUUUAACAAAGUUUACGGUUCAUUAAAAAUAAAUAUAAGCAUUACUAAGGCUAAGUUAAUAUAAUAAUAAAUAUGCCGGUCGACAUUUGCAGUCAGCAGCAGCAUACAAAUAUGAUAAGCUCCCUAAGCGGAACAACAGAUACCUCUUUGUCGCUUAAGGCACUUUCCUUGACGUCUGCUCUACCGCCGACAGAUCCCGAUCAUCCACAUCACAACAUGAACAAAUUGUGUCGUCAAGUGUCAAUUGAAUCACCCGGACCGGGUGUUAAGAAUUGUGUUUUUAAUUUCUUUGUGCCCAUCGAGGAUACGCCAGCACAUGGCGCCCGCAUCAAGAUCGUCUGCGCCGGCGCCUGCUAUCGUCGCCGCGAUCGCGCCAACUCGAUAACCAGCGUAUCGUCUGUCUCGUCGGAGCUGAGCGAUUACUGUCCGUCGGUGACGUCGAUGUCAUCGCCGGCUCAUCAGGGCAUACGUGAGGGCUCAUUCUUUCCGGGCUUUGAGGUGGCGGGAGUGAUUGAGUCGCUCGGCUCCGAGAUCACAGAGGCCAAUAACUGUGGCCUGCGCAUUGGACAGCGUGUUAUUGUCUAUCCAUUCGAUGAGACUCCUGCCGGCUAUGCAGAACUCCUGGUGGUGCCCGAUCUGAAGUACAUUGUCCCGAUACCGGAUAAUUUGCCCAUGGAGGAGGCAGCGAUGCUGCCGACAGGUGCAUUGCUGGCCAUGCACGCUGUAUUCAAAGCACAAGCCGUUGUCACGGAAAUCCUGAAUCAACGUGCCGAAACGGAUCCCAAUAAGAAGUGCAAGAUCUUGAUUGUUGGCACUGGUGGUUUGGCCCUGUGGGCAGUACGCAUUGCAACCUAUCAUUUCGCAUCAACUGGUGCACACAACGUGGACAUCACAGUAGCCAGUCUGAGGGACGAGGGUUUCCGUCUAGCUACAGAGAUCAAGAAUGUCAGCGUGGUGCAAUGGAACGAGUGUCUGUACGAGCCACAGCUGAUUGAGCGCACCAAGGAUGUGUGCGGCGGUCCUGUGGACGUGGUCAUUGAUUUUGGCACAACUUCCAGAAGUCUGCAUCGCUCCAUGCACUGCCUGUCCAAGGGCGGUGUUGUGCUCAUCAGCGAGGAGGUGGCCGAAAAGCUGUUACCAAAGUUCUCUAGAUUAUCGAAUGAGUAUCAGCAGGAGAUAAUACCAAUAUCGAAUGGCACCGUGGAGCAGCUUGCUGAGCUGGUGGAGCUUGUGGCUAGCAGAAAGAUCGAGCCGCCACCAUAUUCCGUAUUCCCAUGCGAGCAGGCCGCCGAGGUUAUACAGAAACUGAUCAAUUCCGAAAUACCCGGACGCGCCAUUCUACGCUUCCACGAUAUUGAAUAGAUCCUUAAAGUCUAUCAAAGCAUUAACUCAUCUUAACUUCAAUGAAUAUCUCUGUUAGUUUUACUCACAAACACACACAACCACUCACCCACUCACACACAGACGCAAAACAUUUGCCGUAAAUUAGCGCAGCAAAACACACCUUUACAAUAUGUGCUUAAUAUUCGUAGCAAGUAUUCAGUUUUUGUAAUAGUUAUUUGGAUUAGUUUUCAAUUGUUUCGAAAACAACCAGUGAUUUUUCAUUAAUUUUUUUAUACAUUUUUAUUUAUUAAGCAUUGUUUAGUAUUAUAUUUUGUAUGUAUAUAUGGAUUGUGAUUGAUUUUAAUUUAAGCAACAACAAUUAACGACUUGAUUUGCAUUCAAAUUUUGUAGUUGACGUCGUUUUAUGCUUCAAUGUUUUAUUUAAUUGGACGUUACAAAUCACAUGCCAUUUAAAUAGAAGCGAAGUAACAAAAAGAGUUCAGAAUAAAUGUUAUAUAAAAUAUUAAAAAAAACACAAAAAAAAAAAGUGAAAAUUGUUAUGCAUGCAAUGCAAAAAUGUUUGAUUCGAUUUGCUUAAUAUUUGUACUCAUUACGUACCCAAGAAAAAAUUGACAUUAUAUUCAACUACCAUUAACCAAAAAUAAAAGCGUACGCAUACCAAUAUACCAAUCUA